GAUCAUCAAGCGCUUUAAGAGCUCCUCAACUGACAGUUGGUUCCCACUGCGACCACUCACCAUGAAUGCGCUGGUGCUGGUAUGGAUGACAGUGUGCUUGUGGACCACAGGGUCCAGUCUGAUACAAAUCGAGUCUGAGUUUGUCCUCUACCCGCCACUCAAUGGCACAGCCACCCUGACCUGUGAGUGUUCCAACCAGUGUCAGACAAUCUUCUGGUUCCGGACACACAGCAAAGGCUUCCAGUUUCUAAUCAGCAUCAACAGUGCUGAUCGGAUCUACCCUGGAGAGUUUGUGGGAAAAGAGCGUUUCAAGCCCAGUUACAGGAAGGACUCCAGCACACUCCGCAUCUCUAACAUAGAGUCUGAGGAUGCGGGGAUGUACUCCUGUGUGCUCUGGAACCUAAAAGACACUGAGCUGUGGAGGCCAGGGAUUCUUCUGAAACCUGGCGAAACUCGGCCAACAUUGCCCCCCACCACUACCAUGCCCAGGCCCCCGCGCAGGGGUAACCCAAAUGGCCGAUGCACCAAGGGUAAAAAUCGAACCACGGAAGGUUGUGAUUCCAAUGUUUUCUGGGUGUUGGUGGGAGUUAUGCUGGCCCUGGCUGUGGCUUUGUUGUCUACCAUGUACUACUUCAGCCGACUGCCCAAAAAGUGCCGCCAUCGAUUUGUCAAGAAAAGGGUGCUGCCAUAAAAUAGAACGCCCACUCAGAGCCAGGACUGAAUUUACUGUCCCAUCUUUACAAGAAACCCCUUCCCAGUUUCAUCCACAUCUCACUCUCCUUCGAUCAUCAUGGCAAUGAACCAACCAGAAGGUCCAACUGUCUUCAUGGAAAUUCUUAAGAUUCUGUAGAUGUCUCUGACUAUUGAUUUGUGUGAUUGAACUGGAUGAAUGAAGUAUGCAAUAUUCACUUGUACUGAAAGGGUCUUAUUCUGUCAUGAGCCAGUAUAGCGUUUUUGUCGAUGCAACUUGUAAAAUGUUUGAUCAAUUUGUUAAUUGUAAAUACAUACAUAAUUUAUUUUGUGGUUUUGGUUUCGUGUUGCGACACGUUGGUUCACCUGUAGACCUUUCAGUAGCGUCAUGGCAACAGCCAAAUGUCAUGAUAAUCCACUGUGUGUGUGCUUAGUAAAAGGAUUAUUACAUUAUUUCUACUUGUCAAAGAGCUGUUGUUAUCAUAUCACAGGAAUUCAAUAAAAGUGUGUUU